AUGGAAAAGCUGGGAACCUUGGUGGGGUGUGUGGUGACCAUCGAGAGAAGCAAAAUCAAAAUCACAGUCACCUCAGAGGUCCCUUUUUCCAAGAGGUACCUGAAGUACCUCACCAAGAAAUACCUGAAGAAGAACUUGCACGACUGGCUCCGCAUGGUCGCCAACAGCAAGGAGAGCUACGAGUUGCGAUAUUUCCAGAUCAACCAGGAUGAAGAGGAGGAUGAGGAGGAAGAUUAA